CGAUCCUUCCCAGGGCAAAGAACAGGAGCACACCUUUGUCUUCAGGAUGGACCACCCUAAGGCCUGUAAGCACCUGUGGAAAUGUGCCGUGGAGCACCAUGCCUUCUUUAGGCUGAGAGGGCCGGUACAGAAGAACUCAGCCCAGUCCGGAUUCAUCCGCAUGGGGUCACGCUUCAGAUACAGUGGAAAGACGGAGUAUCAGACAACCAAGGGCAAUAAAGCGAGGCGGUCAGCAUCUUUCGAGAGAAGGCCCAGUCGACGUUACUCCAGAAGAACCAUGCAGAACAGAGGACCUUACCAUCCCCAAGAGAUUCUCACCUCUGGCAAUGGCUUCAGCUCCAGCAGAGUAAACAAGGCUCCCAUUAGAGGUGCACGGUCAGCUGUGCCUGCGGUCAGCCCUGUAGCUGCUUCUGCCUGUGCACCCAUGGAAAUCGAGGCUCUACCCAGAAGUCCUGGAGGGGAAAAGCGGAGUUUGCCUAUUGCUGACCUGAUGGAGACGUGCAUUGAUGAUGUCCUCCGGCCUCCUGCCGUCCCCACGGUGACGGCUACAGACGAGGCCGGAGCAAGCGGCUCCUACGCCCCCCCCAGUACCACCGGGGAGGAUCCUCUGGGUCUCGCUGAAGCAGCAGCCCGUCUGAAGCAGCUAGAGUUGGAGACCAGUCCGCUUCUCACUACCCCGAAAAAUAACAUCAAUGUCAACAUGACCAUGAAUAACCAGGAGGAUGUGGUGAAGCUGACGGAGAAGUGUGCUCUGAACAGCACAGGGAGCAGUCCUGCCGUCACUCCUCUGUGUGUCCCGGAGGAACUGAAGAGUAACAUCCUGAAAGCCCAGGCCGAGGCUGCUGCCCUCAAGGGAUCUUUGGAGGAACAUAUCGUCAUUGUUGGAGAAAAAAACUGUAACGUGCAGGAGGCCUCGGUCAGGUUGAAGGUGCGUACGGGACGGAUGGGCAGUAACUCGUCUCUGACUGUCAUCAGUCGCCCCGACAACCAGGACUCCUGGGACCUGCUCAAACCGGCCUCCUUGGGCUCAUCAGCCAGGGCCAGUGUGGAGAGGCUGGCUGAAGACGUAAACCCCUCCGUCCCCAAGAUGCCCUCUGAGCCUGUCUGCGAAGCCACGGCACCAAAGGUUAAAGCAGACGAAGUUAACCUGCCAAGCUCCGCCCCUCUGUCUGACAACCUGAUCGAUUUCACCGAUCCAACCCCUGUGUUGCCUUCAGUGCCGCCGCCCAAACCUGUCCUCACUCCUCGCUGGAUCAUCCCUACCACUGCUCCUCCCGGCGUCUUUACUAACGGCCUGCUCGACCUUGACCCCCCCGCUAAGGUCAACCCUCCUCUCCCCCCAGAUGUGGGAGCAGCUUUCACCCCAGCCCUCCCCCCACGUAACAACGCCUCGGCCAGCACUAUCGGAAAGCCGCCAGCCUCGGAGGAUGGAGCCAAACUCAGAGGUCUCCUGACCACUGAGCUCUGAGGGAGAAAACCAGGAGCAGCCAUCACAACGUUCAAGCAAACUGGAUCAGAUGUGUUGCGGGCUAAAAGGAGAGUGAACACAGGGGGAGGCAAACCCUUCACUUAACACAGAAAAGAAUAGAGAUGUGACAGAUGUUCACAAUAACACGACACCAAGCCCAGUAAAACGACAUUUUGCACCAGUAUUAACAUAUAGAGAACACUUAUUGUGUGAACUGCACGCUGUCAGUGCUUAAAUCUCAUGACACUGUAAGGUACAUAAGGCUCAAAGGGUAAGUUGUUCCCCCCCCCCCCCCUUUUUUUGAGUCAUGCUGUUUAUUACUGGUGGAUCCCUGCUACAGUGAGAUCUUCUGAACACACAGCUUUAGAGCUGGAGAACACUGGAUGAAGGACUGACAUCUAUAAAAAAGAAAGACUUUAAAUGUUGAUCCCAAGAGAUUUAAACGCCUGGACUCUUAACAUGAUGGAUAUGAUACUGUUCUGUCCUUGUAGCAAUUUGUUGUUUUUAAUCCCACUCAAUACUACACUUGCUCUGUUGGUAGCCACUGGAUGUACUGUAAGAACUUCACUGGAUUAUUUUUGCCACACUGUACCUUGAAACUAUUUGUUUUGAUGACACUAGAGGUGACCACUUUAAUUUUUCAACGGUUUUCAUUAUCCUGCUUUUUUGUCUGUUUUUAUGUUUUUGCCCAUCACAGUGCUUCUUAUAUAUUUCCGUAGCAGCAUGAGGACGUUUCGAACAUCACUAACAAAAUGUUUUUCUGUGUCACUUUCUGGACCUUAUCAGGACUUUGAGUGAAAGUUGGAGAUGAAAUAUGAUCUUAUACUUGGUGUCCUUGAAAGCACCGCCUCGACCUGUGAUAGUUUUUCACUCAUGAUUAUUUCUAUGUUGGCAAUGUGAAAGCAGGAGUGGUUCGGUUGCUGUGGAAACCUUUGAAUCUACUGUGAUCCCAGCUGGAUUACCAAACUGGAAAUCUUAAUUAUUAUAACACUGGAUUUAGAGCAGCGUAUUCUGGCCUUUUUAUAGGAAAAUAAUGAUUACAAGCUGAGGGAGGAGGCGUGAUAUUCCAGGAUGUAUUAUCUGACAUUAAAAGGGUUAGUUUACGAGAAAAAAACUCACUAAUAUAAGAAGAAAAACAAAUAAUCUAUGAAAAUCCAGUCAGAAAAGUGAAGGAAAACCUUUCAAAGUGACAUAAAACACAAUAUUUAGCUGUUUCUUUCACAUCAUUUCUUUACAUUUUGAGAUUUUCUGUGACAUUAUAAUUAUAAUCUCUUAAUCAUUUCCCUCAGAAUAACGCCCUCUCCUUCUGCUCUGUAUUUUUGUUUAGGUUGGCCUUUCUAUACCCUGUUGUAACACAUCUCUCCCGGUAUUAACGUGCUGUAGUCAUGGCCCCGCCUUAUGGAAAUGAAUGUAUUCAGAAAAUCUGGAAAAGACAUAGUAUGAAAACGUGUUUAUCUAAACAUGUGCUGACCGUUUAUACCCGACGGAAAUCAUGUGAAAUCUCUUAAAAGCUGGUUUUAUAAAUGUGAAAUUGAGGCCUACAUUUUCUCAGUUAUUAAUGAAGUAUAUCACAUUUACUUUUUUUUGUUUUAUCUCAGUCCCCGUUACAUAUUACCCACCCAGUCUGGACCCUCUUUGAAAUGAUCUCUGAAAGGGACGUCAUGAGUGUUUUUACAAUGUCUUCUUAGCAGUGAGUUAUUUAUGCUACUCCUCAGUGUAAUUGUUCAAAUAUGACAUGUUGUCCAAAAGUGUUGUAGCGUACAGUGAUUAUGUAUUGUCAGUAUUAUGACAUCAGCUGGCUGUAGAUACGAAGUAGAUUUAUAUAUAUUUUUUGAAAAUGAUGUUGGCAGUAUACACACUGAGCAGAACUCUGCAUUGUUGUAUUUUCUAAUUGAAGUAGGGAACAUAUUACUGACUGGAAAACAAAUAGUGACAUCUCAAAUGCAAUUUUAUAUAAACUUUUAUUAUUUUU